CAUACUAGAUUCCCCCUUUUCUUUCUUUCUCGUUGAAAUUGCAGUCAGAACUUCUUUUGGUGUUUAAUUCCAAAUCUGAUACACCCAAGUACAAGAAGCCAACGACGAUCUAAAAAAAACCCUCCAUAACUCUCAUCAGACACAUUCAUUCAGGAACCCUCAUCUUCAUGGAAUUUCGAUAGGGUUUCUGGAGACUUCUUUUUUCUUUCUUCUUUCUAGCUUUUUUUGAAGCGCUCCUGUUUCAUCUGUUCGAAAUCGAUUAUGGGAGAUAAAAUUCAAGAAGUACUAUAUGAAACACGGCAUCACGCCAAAGGAUCAUUUUCUUCUAACUAUCCUCCUCUUCAGCAAGAUGAUAGUGCUAAAGGUGGUUUACUUUCAUUGCUUUCUGUUCAAGGUGUAAAACGACUUAAGGAGAAAUGGGAUGAACGUAAGAGCCCUAGGAGACAGAAGAAGUGGAUGUCCUUAUUUGUAUCUUUUAGAGGUGAGUAUGUUGCUGUAGCUUCUGGAAACAAAAUAACCAUCUUGCGGAAAGAUGAUGACUACAAGGAACCCUGUGGCAUUUUUAUUGGUCAUGAUAAGCUUGCAACGUUCACAUAUGGAGCUUGGUCAGAUAUUCAUGAUGUUCUUGGAGUUAUUGAUGAAGCCGAUACAUUCUAUCUUAUUAAAUCAAAUGGAGAAGAGUUAUCAAGAAUCACUAAGAAGCAAUUAAAAGUGUCGAUGGCUAUUAGGGGACUGAUUGUUCAGGGUGAUCUUGAUGGCCAGCAAUCUUGCUUCUUCAGUGUGCUUACCUCGGAUGGAUUGCUUCAUAGUGUUGAUGUUAGGCAGGACCCAAGUGAAUCUCUUACGUCCUUGCGCACUUCAAAUCUGAAGACUCAAUUCUCCCAUGGAAUUUCAUGUCUUGAUUACCAUUCGGACUCCCAACUGCUGGUUGUAGUUGGUUGUCCUGAUGAUGUUAACUCUAGAGAUAUAUCUGGAAUGUAUUGUAUUUCUUUAUGGCGUAUAACUGGGAGCUUAGAUCCAGGACUAAUGUUCUGUAGCCCUCAAUAUGAAGGUUUAUUUUCCACAGUGAAAGGUUGUAUAGAUCCGUUGACAAACCCAAAGGUGGUUAUUUCACCAGAAAGCAAUUAUAUUGCUGCUCUUGAUAUUACUGGAAAAAUGGAUGUUUUUAACCUAGUCGAAGAACAAUAUGCUAUAUCUGUCAUUACUUUUGAUGGAAGCGGAGAUCGCUUGAACGACAUUGCAGAUUUCACCUGGUGGUCUGACAGUAUUCUUAUUCUAGCGAAGUUGACUGGUGUAGUUACAAUGCUCGACAUUCUCAGUGGUGCAAAACUUAUGGAUAGUGAGCCAAUAUUUUCUAUGCCUGUUCUAGGUAGAGUGCGACAACUCCAAGGAUGCGUUUUUGUUUUGGAGAGUUUAUCGUGCGAGGAGAGAGCUUCACAUGUUGAGAGAGAAACCUUAGAGAUGGAGAAUAAAAGAAAGGGCAAGGGCACUCAAGAUAGGUUCAAUCAAUUAGAUAUUGGUAAACUUAGUUGGAACCUGAUUUCCUUUUCAGAGAGAUCUGUUUCAGCAGUGUAUAGUAGUUUAAUAAGCAAUCAACAAUAUCAGGUUGCGAUGGAGUUUGCUAACCGCCAUGGACUGGAUAAAGAUGAAAUCCUUAAAUCACAGUGGUUGCUCUCUGAUCAAGGAACAAAUGAAAUCAAUAAAUACUUGUCAAACAUCAAGGAUAAGGAGUUCGUACUGUCAGAAUGCUUAGAAAAGGUAGGACCAACAGAGGAUUCUGCCAAAGCUUUAAUUUUUAAUGGGCUUCGUAUUACAGAUAAUUACAAAUUUUUGGAAUCAGAAGAGAACGAAUCUAGUAAAAUCUGGGAUUUCCGGAUGGACAGGCUUCACCUAUUGCAGUAUAGAGACAGGUUGGAGACUUUUGUUGGGAUAAACAUGGGCAGGUUUUCGAUGCAGGAAUACAACAAAUUCCGAACUACACCUCUCACCGAAGUUGCUGUAACUCUUGCUGAAAGUGGAAAAAUUGGGGCCUUAAACCUACUUUUCAAGCGCCAUCCAUAUUCCUUGGCUCCAUUUGUGCUGGAAAUUUUUUCUGCUAUUCCUGAAACUAUUCCAGUUAAAACCUAUGGGCAGCUUCUUCCUGGAAGAUCUCCUCCAGCAACUAUUAAUUUGAGGGAUGAAGAUUGGGUGGAAUGCGAAAAGAUGGUCAAUUUUAUUCGUGAGUUGUCUACCAAUCUAGGUAAUAUUAUCACAAUCAAAACUGAACCUAUUCUGAAGAAAAACCCAGGAUAUUUUUGGCCGUCUGUAGAUGAACUUUCCUCGUGGUACAAGACUAGGGCAAGAGACAUUGAUACCUCUAGUGGUCAACUAGACAACAGUGUUUCUUUGGUGGAAGUUGCCUGUUCUAAAGGCAUUGUGGAGUUGCGACUGUACCAUGAGGAGUUCUUAAGUUUAUAUCAGCUAAUUUAUUCUGAUGAAACUGACAUCGAAGAUAGCUUCACUAUGGGUCUUGUCUCAUGGGAAGAAUCUGACUAUGAAAAGUUCAAAAUGAUGAUUGAUAGAGUCAAAGAGGAUAGGGUAUACAAAAGAUUGAGAGACAAGGCUAUUCCUUUCAUGCGAAGCCGUGCGCCUCCCCUGGAAGCUAGGCAAACAGAAUCGUUUUUGGUUAGAUGGCUGAAGGAGAUAGCUGUUGAUAACAAAUUAGAUAUAUGUGCGACUGUCAUUGAGAAUGGUUGUGGGGAUUUUGGAACUGAUAGCAUUUUCAUCGAUGAGGUCGAAGCUGUUGAAUGUGCCUUGCAGUGCAUUUAUCUGUGCAGUCUCACAGAUAGAUGGAAUACAAUGGCGUCCAUUUUGUCAAAGCUUCCAAAACUUAAAGAUACUGGCAUAAGUGUCAGUGGUCUAGAGAAAAGAGUACUUGCUGCAGAAGGCCAUGUUGGCACAGGGAGACUCUUGGCAUAUUACCAGGUUCCGAAACCAAUUAAGUUCUUACUAGAAUCUCAGUCAGAUGAAAAGGGUGUAAAGCAGAUUCUUCGUCUUAUUCUCUCUAAAUUCGGCCGCCGGCAACCUGGCAGAUCGGAUAAUGAUUGGGCAAACAUUUGGCGAGAUAUGCAAUGUUUUCAGGAGAAGGCAUUUCCUUUUCUGGACUUAGAAUAUAUGCUGAUGGAAUUUUGUAGAGGACUGCUAAAAGCUGGGAAAUUUUCCCUUGCAAGGAACUAUUUGAAAGGAACCAGUACAGUGUGUUUGACAACAGAAAAGGCUGAAAAUCUUGUUAUUCAAGCUGCAAGGGAAUACUUCUUCUCAGCUUCUAGUCUUGCUUGUGCUGAGAUCUGGAAGGCCAAAGAGUGCUUAAACAUCUCCAAUAGCAGAAAUGUCAAAGCUGAAGCUGAUAUUGUUGAUGCACUCACAGUCAAACUUCCAAACCUAGGAGUAACUGUUCUUCCGGUGGAGUUUAGGCAAAUAAAAAAUCCAAUGGAAAUCAUAAAUAAGGUAAUUACCACUCAAAUUGGAGCUUAUCUUAACGUAGAUGAGCUCAUCGAAAUAGCCAACCUUCUCGGGUUACACUCCCAAGAAGACAUAGCAGCUGUGCAAGAAGCAGUGGCAAGAGAAGCCGCAGUUGCUGGCGAUCUACCGCUGGCCUUUGAUCUUUGUCUUAUUUUAGCAAAGAAAGGACAUGGGUCUGUUUGGGACUUAUGUGCUGCAAUAGCAAGGGGUCCUUUCCUUGAUAACAUGGAUAGUAGCUCACGAAAGCAGCUUUUAGGGUUUUCUUUGUGUCAUUGUGAUGAGGAGUCUAUCAGUGAGCUUCUUCAUGCAUGGAAAGAUUUGGAUAUGCAAAAUCAGUGUGAGACACUUGCAAAGUUAUCAGGAACAACUCCUCCAAAUGUUUCUGUUCAAGGUUCCUUACUGUCACUUCCAGUUCACAGCAACCAAGAUAUAGCGAAUAGAAAUGAUUGCUCAGCAGAAGCGGAAAAUUAUGAUGAUCAAGAAAUUAAUCAGCGAGAAAUCAAGAACCUUCUGUCCACUGUUGCAAAAGAUUUAUCUGUUGAGGAUGGUAACAGAUGGGACUCUCUUCUGGAGAAUGGAAAAGUUUUGUCAUUUGCUGCUUUACAGCUACCAUGGAUGAUCGAGCUGAGUAUGAAAGAGGAGUAUGGAAAAAAGACGGCCUCUGAACCAAAGGCUGCUGUUAGGAAGCGGUAUACAACUGUUAGAACACAAUGUAUACUGUCUAUUUUAUCUUGGUUGGCAAGAAAUGAUAUUGCUCCAACUGAUGACUUCAUGGCGUCUCUAGCAAAAUCCAUAAUGCAGUCCCCAGUUACGGAAGAUGAAGACCUCCUCGGGUGCUCCAUCCUCUUAAAUCUUGUGGAUGCUUUUCUUGGAGUGGAAAUAAUAGAGGGGCAGCUUAAAUCAAGGGAAGCCUAUCAAGAGAUUUGUAACAUCAUGAACAUGGGUAUGGCGUACGGUUCAUUAAACAACUCUGGUGCCCAUCAUGCAAAUCCUGCUAAGAGAAGGGAGCUGCUGUUAUGCACAUUUCAAGAGAAACACUUGCCACUGAGUCCAGAUACAACGGAUGGAAAAGUUCAAUCCACAUUUUGGAGGGAAUGGAAGUCAAAACUAGAAGAGCAGAAACUGUUUACAGAUCAAUCAAAAAAUCUGGAGAAAAUAGUGCCUGGAGUAGACGCUGCACGAUUUUUGUCAGGAGACAACAAAUACAUUGAAAAUGUUGUGUCCUCCUUGAUUGAUGGUGUGAAAGUAGAGAAAAAACCCGGUUUGAAGGAAGUGUUAAAACUAGCUGGCACGUAUGGCUUGAAUUGUUCUGAGGUGCUGUUGGGAUAUCUCUGUUCUGCCCUUGUUUCUGAAGUUUGGUCAAACAGUGAAAUCAUCUCAGAAAUUUCAGACCAGAAAACGAAAAUUCUUUCUUGUGCCGCUGCAUUAAUUGGCACCAUAUCGACCAAUGUUUACCCUGCAAUCAAUGGUUGCAACAAAGAGCGCCUCUCCUACAUAUUCAGCCUUCUCUCUGAGUGCUACUCACAUUUAAUAGGUACCAAGGAGCGUCUGGUAGAUUUACAAUCUGAAUCUGACCCAACAAAUAUACUUUAUAUGCAGUUAGCCGAAUUUUAUAAGACUAUUGACGAAGAAUGCAGAAGAAUAUCCUUCAUCAAAAGCUUGAACUUUAAAAACAUCGCGGUGUUAGGUGGUUUGAAUGCUGAUUUUAAUGAAGAAGUCUACAGUAACAUUGAUGAAAAUACUGUUGAAGCAUUGGCAGAAAUGGUGGGAAAUCUUGUUGGCGUCUUUCCUGAUUCCGAACUUAAGGCUCUGAUAUCAAGGAAAUCUGUUUACAGACAUUAUGUAUUAACUCUCCUGACAAGUUUUAUGACUGAUUUCAGAGCAAAUAUUGAUUUUUCAAGUCCAGAAAAUUUCCAUGGAUUUCUUAGUGAACUUGAGCAGAAUUAUAGUUGUGUCAGGAACUACGUUAGAGCAAUGUCACAGGAAGAUGUGUUUGACAUGACGCAGCAGUACUACUUGUCAAGCCUCCCAGUUGACUUUUCUUCCGAGAGUCUACCUGGCGGCGACUCCGAGUGGCUAGAUUGCCUUAUAUCACUUCUGAAGUUCUGGAUUAGUCUGGCUAAUGAUGUUCAUGAUAGUAUAUCUUAUGACAAUGUUGAAGGAAAGGUCGUCAAGUUCAAUGCAGAAACACUAUUGCAGUGUCUCAAGGUUUUCAUAGAGCUUCUAAUGGAGGAUAAAAAUUUUGUGGAUCAAGGUUGGAACAGUAUCUCAAAUUAUGCGAGACAUGGCUUGGGUGGUUUUCCUGGUGAAGCUCUCGGACUCUGCAAAUCUAUGGUGGUUUCUGGUUGUGGGUUUGAAUCCAUUUCCCCUGUAUUUACUGAAGCUAAAGGUCUUUAUCUGACCAAUUCAGGAUUAGAGUUAGAAGGUAGACGAAGUAUAGAUGGUGCAUUGGAUCUUCCCCAUCUAUAUGGAAAAAUAUUAGAUUCAAUGUUGCUUAACUUGGAAAGCGAGUCUUGGGAUCGCCAGAACUUGCAUCAUUUGCUUUCAACUCUCAGUAGAUUGGAGGGUGAUUUGGAGGCUCUGAAAUUGGUCAGGUAUGCAGUUUGGAAAAAACUAGGAACAUUCUCUGAUAACAUGCAGUUACAGAGUCAUCUCAGGGUUUAUGCACUAGAAGUUUUGCAGUCCAUCACAGGAAGAAAUCUGAGGGGUCUUCCGGCUGAUCUGCUUUCCAAUAUUGAACCAUGGGAAGGUUGGGAUGAAUCAUGCUGUUCUAUCAUUGGUCACCAGGCUUCCGAUCAAACAGCAUCAAAUCAACCCGAUUCAGCGAACAGGUUUACCAGUAACUUAGUUGCCCUUAAAUCGACUCGACUUGCAGCAAAAAUUUCACCAAGCGUCGAGAUUCUUCCAGAUGAUCUGUUGACCCUUGAAUCUGCUGUAACUUGCUUCAUGAGUUUAUCUGAAGUUGCUAAAAGUGAAACCCAUUUCAAAGCUCUGCAACAUAUUUUAGAAGAAUGGGAGGGACUUUUCGCUAGAGAGAGAAUUGUAGAAGAAGUUUUAGAAGAAAAAAACCCAGGUGAAGAGUCUGAAGUUGGAAAGGGAAGUUGGAGCGGUGAUGAGUGGGAUGAAGGAUGGGAAAGCUUUCAGGAGGAACAACCUGUUUUAAGAAAAGAUGAGAAUGAGGAAGCUCUUUCGGUUCAUCCCCUUCAUAGUUGUUGGAUGGUAGUUAUGAAGAAAUUUCUCUCGUUAAAUCAAUUUGCUGACAUUUUGAAGGUGAUUGAUCAAUCCCUGUCAAAAUCUGAUGUCAUCUUGUUGGAUGAGGGAGAUGCACAAAGCUUGGCUCAGCUUCUUCUUAGCAUAGAUUGCGUUGUUGCUCUGAAACUAGUUCUUUUACUGCCAUACCAAGCCAUUCAUUUACAGUGCUUAGAUGAACUGGAUGUUAGGUUGACACAAGGGCCCUUGAGUAAAACUGGCGGAGACUUUGAACUUUUUAGCCUCUUUUUGUCGUUAGGAACUAUCUCAACCAUCGCCUCAAACCCUAAAUACCGUGCUACUUUCUCUUACGUAUGUUACUCUGCUGGACGUUUUUCUCAUCUUUGUCAGGCAACUCAAUUAUCAGAGCUCAAAUCUAGAGAGACACAAAAAAGUAGAUCUGAAGAAAAUGACUUGACUGUUUUCAGAACAGUUCUAUUUCCAUGUUUUGUUUCAGAGCUUGUGAAGGGUAAUCAACCGGUUUUAGCAGGAUUCCUUGUCAACCAAUUCAUGCACACAACUACUAUCAUCAGUGUCAUUAACGUUGUUGAUGCCAGUCUGAGGAAGUACUUGGAAGGGCAUAUGCAAAUGCUAGAUGGUUCUGAACAUGACGUAAGAGAUACAGGCAUAUGUAGAUACUAAGGAAACACAAUUUUGGGAUUGAGAAGCAAUAUGACAAGUUUGAUUCAGUCUGCUUUGUCCUCCCUUUAAGUGAGAUGUAAAAUGAGGAUAAGUUUGUCUUUCUUUUCCUUUUAAAAUUAGAUUAUCGUCUUUUUGCUGAUGCGAGACAUAAAUAAAAGCAAAAUUCAAAUGAAAAGUUUCGGUA